AUGACGACGAUGUUCAACGGCGUGAUCUCGUUCACGGGCACUCUACCCAUCUCGUUCGCCGAACGUGGGGCAUACUACCGGGAGCGCGCGUCGCAGAGUUUUAAUUGCCUCUGGUACUUCGUGGGUUCUACCGUGGCCGAGAUACCCUACAUUUUCUUCAGUGGCGCCUUGUUCACGAUCAUCUUCUACCCGUCGGUGGGCUUCACGAACGUGGCGUCGGGCUUCAUGUACUGGGUGAAUAUAUCGCUCUUCGUGCUCAUGCAGACGUACUUGGGGCACUUCUUCAUCUACGCCCUGCCGACGGUGGAGGUGGCGGCUAUCAUGGGCGUGCUCUACAAUGCCAUUUGUCUGAUCUUCGCGGGCUUCAACCCUCCGGCGGCCAACAUCCCGCGCGGUUACCACUGGCUGUACCUGAUCACACCGCAGAAGUACGCCAUGGGGCUGAUGAACUCGCUACUGCCCCGAGCUGCCGACCUGACUGACGCUCCGAGCACGAUCGGCCACACGACGGUGAAGCAGUACGUGGAGUCCAACGUCGGGUACAAACACGCGGAGAUCUGGAGCAACUUCGGCUACGUGUUCGUCUUCAUUGCAGUGUACCGAGUGUUCGGACUUCUUGCGCUUCGCUUCAUCAACCACCAGAAGAGAUAA